CCGCCCACGUGGGGCCGAGCCGAGCUGUGGGCCGGCUUCGAGAGGUCCGGCCGCGCUAGCCGGUGCCGGCGCCCGUCCGUGUCCGCCUCUGCCCGCUUCUCGCCGCGUGUCAUGGCAGCCGCCGGCACGCUUCUCCACCACGUCCCGGAGUCCCCGGCCGCCGCCCCCAGGACGCUCUCGGGACCCCGCCAGGCCCAGGCGAGGCGGCAAGCCGAGGCCACCAAAAGAAAACACCAAGCAUCCAGUGAGACUCCCCCAGUGAAACGGAGGAACGAGGCAUCAUUUCUCCCGGCCAAGAAAGCUGCUGCUAAAGAAACACAAAGGACUUUUAAGGGGAAGGCACGGAAAACGUUUUCUCCGAAGAAAUCUUUGGUUGGUGUGAGUGAUGGACCCCGAGAACAGAAACCGUGCGUUAGGACUUCAUCGUUAUUUAAAAACAACCCUGAAAUCCCAGAGCUCCACAGACCUGUAGUAAAGCAGGUGCAAGAAAAGGUGUUCACUUCAGAUGCUUUUCAUGAACUGGACCUCCACCCACAUUUAAUUUCCACAAUAAAUACGGUCUUAAACAUGACUAGUAUGACCAGCAUUCAGAAGCAAAGUAUUCCUGCGUUGCUGGAAGGCAGAGAUGCCCUGGUGAGAUCGCAGACAGGCUCAGGUAAAACACUUGCCUACUGCAUCCCUGUGGUCCAGUCUCUUCAAGCAAUGAAAUCAAAAAUACAGCGCAGUGACGGCCCCUAUGCCCUGGUACUGGUGCCGACAAGAGAGCUGGCUCUGCAAAGCUUUAACACUGUCCAGAAACUGCUUAAGCCAUUUACCUGGAUUGUGCCUGGAGUGUUGAUGGGAGGAGAGAGAAGGAAAUCAGAAAAGGCCAGACUCCGCAAAGGAAUAAAUAUCCUUAUCUCAACUCCUGGGCGACUGGUGGACCAUAUAAAAUCCACAAAGAACAUUCAUUUUCGUCGGAUACGGUGGCUGAUUUUGGAUGAAGCAGACAGAAUCUUGGAUUUGGGUUUUGAAAAGGAUAUCACAGUGAUACUCAAUGCUAUAAAUGCUGAGUGCCAGAAACGACAGAACGUCUUGCUGUCGGCGACACUCACAGAAGGUGUGACACGGCUAGCUGAUAUCAGCUUGCUCAAUCCGGUCAGGAUUUCUGUCCUCGAUGAACACCGUGGCCAGUCUGACCCAAAGGGCAGAGCAGUUCCUGAGGCCUCCCCUCUCCCAGCUGGUGCUGAGCCGGACAGCUUUGCGAUUCCGGAGAGUCUCGAUCAGCAUGUGACACUGGUUCCCAGCAAACUGAGGCUCGUCUCCCUGGCGGCCUUCAUCCUACAGCAGUGCAAGUUUGAAAAAGACCAGAAGAUGAUCGUCUUUUUCUCGAGUUGUGAGCUGGUGGAGUUCCACUAUCACCUCUUCCUACAGACCCUGCAGAGCCGCUCCGGGGCCCCGGCGUCAGGGCCGCUACCAUCUGCCUCCACGCCAUUAAAAUUCCUGCGGCUGCACGGCAACAUGGAGCAGGAGGAAAGAACAGCAGUGUUUCAAGAAUUCUCACAUUCCAAGACAGGCGUCCUUCUUUGUACGGAUGUUGCAGCUCGGGGCUUAGAUCUCCCUCAAGUCACAUGGAUUGUUCAGUACAAUGCGCCACCUUCACCUGCUGAAUACAUCCACCGGAUCGGGAGAACCGCCCGGAUUGGCUGCCAUGGGAGCAGCCUGCUCAUUUUGGCUCCUUCGGAGGCAGAAUAUGUCAACUCGCUGGCUUCUCACAAAAUCAACAUUUCUGAGAUUAAGAUGGAAGAUAUUUUGUCUGUCCUGACAAGGGAUGAUUGUUUUAAAGGGAGCCGAUGGGGAAGCCAGAAAUCCCGUGCUGCUGGCCCCCAGGAAAUCCGAGAGCGAGCCACCGUCUUGCAGACGGUGUUUGAAGAUUACGUGCACUCCAGCUCAAGGAGGGUCUCCUGGGCGAAGAAAGCUCUGCAGGCCUUCAUCCGAGCCUACGCAACCUACCCCCGGGAGCUGAAGCACAUCUUCCAUGUCCGGUCGCUCCACCUCGGCCACGUGGCUAAGAGCUUUGGGCUGAGAGAUGCCCCCCAGAAUCUUAGUGUCGCAGCUGUGAAGAGAAGGAAAGCGAACCUGAACAGGCCUGACCUUCAUCAGGAGACCCAGAGUAAACACCGCCUUGCUGAAAUCUUGCAUUCCGAAUUCUCAAGUGGAGCGGAGGCCAGCGUCGCCAAGGUCAAAAAGCAAAACAAACACGCAAGAGCCCGGCAGCCAGCCACGCAGCACUGUCUGCAACCGGCGCCCAGCCUCAGCCGUGGGAAGAACUGAGAAACGCUCCCCAAUGAAGCAGAAAAACCCAAAAAGACUUACUGGGGGAUAACAGGACUUCCCAACACAGUUUUCGGUUUUUUGUUGUUGUUGUUGUUGUUUUUUAACGCUGCCUCCACAGGCCUGGGGCUUGGGGUGGAUCCUGGAGGCCCCAGAGGCGGGGGCUGGUGUCCUGUCCUUGUCAGGAGCCCUGUGGGAAGGCACGGUGCCACUUUUCCCUGCAGACGGUGUCCCUGACCCGGAGAAGCCACAGGCCUCCCCCGGCAGGGCGGGGCUCAGCGUCCUGUGGGCGAGCCAGUUAGUUCUCACCUUCUGUGAGAUGGCUUAUACUUUGUGUUUCCUCCAGCGGAAUCAUCUUGGCCCAAGGGUUACAGGUGCCCCGGGGCCUCUCGUGAGGGCCUGGUGGUGCCGGCAUCAGCAGGGAGGCCUCUUCAUGCCUCGGGACAGGGUUCUGUCUCCAGGUCUUCAUUAGCUGCCUUGUAUUGAUGCCCGGAUUAGCGUGCAUCUUGCAAAAUAGGAUUGUAACGACUGGAAUGCAGUUUGUGAGAGCGAGAAAAACCAUGAGCUCGU